CAAAGCAAAUCAAGCAAGAAAGCUAGCGCUUGCCCGGCCAUGGCGGCAGCCGACGCCGUCGGCCGGAAAUCGGCGUUCCGGCGGGGGCUCAACGCGACGCGCUUGGCCGUAGCCUCCGCCGUGACGGUGCUCAUCGUCUUGAUCGUCGCCUACGCCAUCACUGUGGUCACCCGGACCGAGGAGCUCUCUCUCUCGGUCACCGGCGGCAUCAUAUACGUGACGCGGGAGUCGGUGCAGCCGCGGAAGGUCGGACUCUCCUUCAGCGUCCAGGCCAACAACCCCAGCGGCCGCGCCCGCUUCUACUACACCGGCAUCCAGGGCUUGGUCUUCCCUGUGAACAACCGCACGAGCAAGGCUAUCGCGAAGUUCAAGGUUAUGGAUAUGGUCGUGGCCCCCAACUCGUUGCUGCAGACGGAAGCUUAUGUGCAUGUAGAAGACAUUUCCCAAAUCGCUCCCUACUUCGACGAGCUGUACAACAGCAGCAGCGCCAGCAUCUUCUCCAACGCGAUGCUGAAGCUGAACGGUACCCUCGACGUUGGGCUUUACUCGGUGCACAACAAGUCCAGUGUCCAGACGGUUUACUACUGCUGGCAGCUCACCAUGGGCGCCGCUGGCAACGCCUCCGCACCGGACAUGGAUGAUAACGUGCCGUGCGGGACCUAUGAUCCGAUGGAAUAGUUUCAUUCAUUAAUUUGUUGGUGUUCUUGUUUAAUUCUACUUUGUACAAUCAUCUGUGGAUCGGAUUUGGUUUGACACCAGCUGGUGUAUUUUGAAUAUGUAUUGAAUUUGCACUGUUAUGCAAAUUAGUUGUUGGUAUAGAGUGGCGAAGAUACUUUCUCUGCCC